CCCUCGUCCCGUCUCCAAGCGAACUACAAAUUUCAGCCGGUUCUUCAGUGAGUGACUGCAGCUGUAGAGACAAUAACACUGUCCGCCACACAGCCCGAACUCUUCUCACUAUGGAUCAGCACCAGGACUUCAUGAACACCCCCAAUAGCCAGACCCUGCAUUACAACUCUGGAGAAACUAUGGCUGCUGCCAUGGACAACAUGGCCAUCAAGGAGAACGGAGUGUCUGCGCACAUAGUGCCAGGAGAGGGCCCUAUGAAAGGGGACUCCCUGGAGCCAGCACAAAAGGAGCCCACAGAGGAGCCGGCACCUGAGCUUGAUGAGCUUAAGAGUGCCACCUCUGGUGAGGAGGUGCAAAUGGACGCUGUGACCUUGGUGAAGGUCAACACCCCAGUAACUGAAAACAGGGUUGAACCCCCAGAAGAAGUACCAGCUGCCGGGGGACCUGGGAGCACCGCAGCGCCCUCUGCUACAGGACAAGAGGGGUUCACAGCAGGCAGAUUCACUCCAAUGGAGAGCAUCCCGAGUAGAGACAGUGGGUCCUGGAGCUCUUGUGGGUCGCCAAUAAGUCCCAGUGCUCUGGAACCUGCCGGAAAGGACGAGCCCGUGUCUCUGGAAGAGUACGAACCUGAGAAGCACGAGCGGGAGUUGAGAGACUCUGAGAAGGUUUCUGGGGGUCGCAGUGUGAGCGGCUCAGAUGUGGAAGAGGAGAAGGAGGUGGAGGAGGAGAAGGAGAAGAAGGAGGAGUUUGCUGUGGGCAGUCGGGCUCCUGCUCUGACGGCCCGCAGAGGAGACUCACCUGUAGCAGAAAGCCCCGGCGUGGUCACGAGGCCUUACCAGCCGGCGACCUCCCUCGUUCGCAGCUCCGUCGUGGCGGACCUGUCCUCCCUGGGAGAGAGGAGCCCCGACGGGGAAUACGGAGGCCCCGCCCCCCGCGUUCCCCUGUCGGCCGACGACGCCAGGAAGCGCGCGCUUUCCUUCGACUACGCGGAGCCGCCCGCGCAGGCCGGGCGGAACUUCCUGGCCGAGUGGGAGAGAGGGUCCGACAAGACCCCCCCCGGGAGCGGGAGCCCGGGGUCUCCCCCCUCCCCCUGCGCCCCCGGCGCGGAGGAGGCGGAGGCGCGACCGGGCGCCGCCCCACAGCUAGACGUCCUGCCGGAGGAAGAGGGUCGGGACGGGAUUUUUUCACGUGGGAGCGAAGAGACCACGCCCACCGAGGAGACCGAAACGGGUCAGCCUGAGGAAGCGGGGGAAGGACGGCAGGGCGCCACCUACAUGGAGACCACCGACGAGCCGGCCCCGACGGGCGCCCACACGGCUGUGGGGGAGGCCGCGUCGGACGUCUCUGUAGACGGGGCGGGCAGCUUCGCCGGGGCCAGAGCGGCCACCGCCUCCGACGGGGGGGCCCCCUCCCCCGAGACUGCUGCUAAAUUUCAGAAAUUCCCCAAUUCCCGAAUUUCAGGUGCUUCCCCGGGCAGAAAAUCAAACGUUCCGGUCCCUCAGUUCAAAGCUAAGGCCAAGGCUGACCUUGAGAAAGAAGCCAGUGCGGAUAAGAAGACACCCAAAACAACUCCUGCCAAAGCUAGACCCACUUCUUCCCUAAAACGACCCAACUCAGUCACAAGCCCCUUGAAAAAAGCCCAGACGCUCGGCACACCUCCGCCCCCCGCUAGCAGGCUGGCCUCAGUGGGCGCCAAACCCGGCCGUGGGGGAGCUGGGGGCGCCCGGCCGCGGCCUUCUGAUGGAAAGACCCCAAGCGCCAGGCCUCAUGCUGCUGGGACCAAAAUACCUGCCAAGGCCCCCGUUCAGACAGCUGAUUCCAGGAUGGAGCAGAAGAAACCCGGAGCUGCAAAAAACGACAAAGAUUCCCCCAACACCCCGGACCGCAGCGGGUACAGCAGCCCGAGCACGCCCAAAUCGCCCUCCAGCCGCGCCCCGGGGCAGCCGCUGGCCGUGGCCAAGGAGGUGAAGAAGGUGGCGGUGGUGCGCACCCCGCCCAAAUCCCCGGGCUCCCUGAAGAGCCGCCAGGCCGUCCCGCUGGCCCCCAUGCCGGACCUGAAGAACGUCAGGUCCAAGAUCGGCUCCACCGAGAACAUCAAGCACCAGCCCGGAGGAGGCCGGGUACAAAUACUUGAUAAGAAGAUUGACUUUAGUAGUGUCCAGCCUAGGUGUGGCUCCAAAGACAAUAUCAAGCAUGUCCCUGGCGGUGGAAAUGUACAAAUUCUUAAUAAGAAGAUCGACUUGUCUAGUGUUCAGUCUAAGUGUGGCUCCAAAGACAAUAUCAAGCACUCGCCCGGAGGUGGCAAUGUUCAAAUCGUCCAUAAAAAGAUUGAUUUGAGCAAUGUGCAAUCAAAAUGUGGCUCUAAGUCCAACAUUCACCACAGACCAGGUGGAGGAAAUGUGGAGAUCAAAUCUGAGAAGGUGGAUUUCAAGGUCCAGUCAAAGAUUGGCUCGCUUGACAACAUUGGUCAUGUUGCCGGGGGUGGGCAGAAGAGGAUUGAAACGCACAAGCUGAGUUUCCGCGAACAGGCAAAGGCCCGUACUGACCACGGAGCGGAGAUUGUCUCCGUGUCCCCAAACAUUUCCACGGAUGGCUCGCCACGGCGUCUCAGCAACGUGUCCUCUUCUGGCAGCCUCAACAUGACGGAUACGCCGCAACUCUCCACACUAGCCGACCAGGUCUCUGCCUCCCUCGUUCAGCAGGGUUUGUGAUUCCCUGUUCCCGACAGAAUUUCUUCACAGGGAACAAACACAGUCAUGAUAAAAAAAGAGAGAAAAGUCACCUUGUCUUUCCUCCUUCCUUUAAAAAAAAGUCUUGCAGGAUUUUCUGACUUUGUUAGGAAAGCAGUUCGCCUUUUGCCAUCCUAUUGCUGAUCAGUUUUGGGGCAUAACGAUUAGAGCCAGAUUAAAAUGAAAUACAAAUUUUGAAAAUCACAAAUUAACAAAGAAAUGUAGUUGGAACUUUUAGGACGCAUUGUGCUUGUAAAUCUUUUACAGUGUCAUUGGUUGUAUGUAGACUACUAACAUAGCCUACCUGACAGAGUAGCGGCAUUCACAUAGUGGUUUUGAGCCUUAUUUUAUCGUUGUCGUUGUUUCGUAACCCCUCGUGAUAAUGACAUUUAAAAGGCGUUUCGUCCUGUGCAAAGUAUCUAUGAACACCAGGCACUUUUGAGAAACUUUUAACAUUCUGCAUUGUCGAAAACGAUUAAAUGCUAGUAUCCUACCUCGGUGGAAAUGAUUCGAGUCAUUUCGGUGCUCUAAAUGCCAAGUCGAAAAAACACAGGCCAGUCAACGUCUCAAUUGCAGAAUAAAUUUAACGUACGCGUUAAACAUUAAUUUUUACUUUCAAUACUAAAUGGGUUGACAUCUAGGCUACUGGCACUAUUUCUUAAGAGCACUUGGGUUUUCCAGUUCAGCUUGAUUGUUUAAAGCGCAGUUUGUGGUAUUGUAGCUACCACCGUUUUGAGAAGAAUUAUAGAAUGGAAAAUGGUAAAUGCCAUUUCGACAGAGGUGUAACGUGUGAAAAUAUCAAAUAAACUGGCUUACUGACUUACUGCGAAUUGGGAGGAAGGUGUGCUUAUGCACUACUUGGAACAUUUUACUAGCAGGUUUAGUUCAUGUCUCUUUUGCGUCAUAGGCUACCCCUGUUGCCACGUAUUCUUUACCUGCCGCAGAAUUCCAGAAUUACUGGAAUUCUGGGAAUGCGUUUGUCAUACAUAUUUUUCCGUCCAAGUCCUGGCUCAUGUGCAUACCUAGAAAACUUUUGUGUGGAUGGUUGGCCAAGCCAUCGUGGUUGUUCGUGCAAUGCUUUUACACCCUUGUCAUUAUUGAGCAGAUAUCACUUUUUAAACAAUUGGCACAAUGUAUAAUAUAAACAGUCCUUGGAUAGACAAAAAAUCUGGUGUUAGUUUCAGUCUUCACAUUUAAAACCAACUUUAGACCAUAUCAAUGAAUAUUUUCCAUAUUUUUUGUGUAUAAUUCCAAGACUAGACAGGAGGUUUGUUCAUGCUACGUUCAACAGGACACAGGCGAUUGCACAUCAAUUACUGUGGUCUAAUGCUUUUGAAUUCAACUGGCAGUGGAGAGACAUAGUUCAUUGGGGGUGUUGACAGAAGGGUCAGAAUCUAGGUGUUAUAAUGUAUACUGUGCUUUUAAUCCAUGGAAACAGUGCCUGUCUAACUCGUUGGCUCUUGAUGCGUCAUUUUCUAGAAAAGCAGUGUGCGGAAACUAUCCUGAGGGAUGCACACAGCAGAAUAUGCUAUUCCAGACAAAUGGAGUUAUAUGUCCAGGGAUUCGAUAAAAAGUCCCGAAUAACAUUCAGCCUAUUCAAGCGACUUAAUCAAAUGGAAAAGGGGACAGUCUGUUAUGUUCAAUGUUAGAACAUUCGUUUUUCGCGGGCUUACCUUCAGUGACAACAUAUUUUAAAUAUUUAAUUUUUAUGAGAUUCAAAUUCUCAUUCCUCCCACAUGAGACUGCGACCUGUGGACGAAUAUGGUGAAUACACAAAAUAUCGUUUUUAGAUUUACCAUUUUGUCUUUCACAUUAAGACCUUAAUUUCAAAUUUGCGGUUUUAAAGGCAGGAGUUUCUCUUAAGAAGUCCCUUUAACUAAAUUUUCUGGUCAGCACAACAACUGCUGUGAGGAUGUGCAGGAUGGUAGAGACUCGCACAGUACAUGAAACCACAUCAGUGUUACAGGGUAUCUGCUACAGGCAGGGGACUUAUGAAGAGCGCUCUCAUUUUGGAAGUAGCAAAAAAUGUGACGACGAUUUCUGAAAAUACAAGUGAUGCGAAGUAGUCGUCAUAGUAUAUCGAUUUCCAUUACCCAUAAUCCUACAAGUUUAAUAAUCUCCCAUUACCUUCCCUGCAUGCACAGCAAAAGACAAUGCAGCGUGUGACCAUGCCUCCCCCUUUCCCUACGCUUUAAUUGCUGUGAACACCUCAGCACACUGCUUGUAAUGGAAGGAUAUAGCUAGGAAAAAAAUAAAAAAUACGAAACACUACACGCGUAUUACCCAGCCUGUGUUGCGCACCAUUCUCUAAUUGUGUAUUUGUGGAAGUGAGAUGUAUCUGGUAUGAAAAUGUUUUUUAAUGUGCCCGCUGGCAGUCGUAAUUCUUUUUUUAAAUUCCAGCACACAUCUGUAAAUAGUUUUUCUGCUUAGUUAGGUUUUGAGAGUGGCGAGUCUUCACAAUUUUGAUAAAAUUGACCGGCCUGCUGCAAAAUCAGAACCACCAACAGACAACAGUCUGAAAUAGAUCUCUUAAAAAAUACUAAACUGUAAAAUGUGAAAAUGAAGAAAUGUGUGUUGCAUACUUAGCUAAAAAAAAUCCUAACACGUAAAUAAACAGUAUCAGUCAGUGAUUGCCGUUUGAUUUGAACUAAUGUGUAACUGCCAAACCUGAGUGCUGAAUGGAUUGAAACGUUUUCACAAACGCAACAUUCAGUCCAAUCCUGAGACAGGGAGCACCUAACUUGAUUGACAGAUCUGUACUCAAAUCAUUGUAGACCUAUGUUCUGCUGGACCGUCGACUGGAGACGACAUUAUUCCAUAUUUGCUGCCAUCACACUUCUAACAACAUCGUUGCCCAAGGAGAUAGGACACGUUUUGAGCAGGCUCUUCUGACUCGGUGACGAAAGUGCCGGGUUCAGGUCUGAUCAAAGCAAGUGACGAUUAGUAACACAGGAACUUAGGAAACUCUUUCCAUACCAUUUCCUGGAAAAUCCGGUUCUACGGCAUUUUUUGAGCAUGUCUAAGGGGGGGAACAUUAAGAGGGAAUCUCCUCUUACACCAAUGGCGAACUCCUACACUCUUUGGGCCAGUCUUCAUUAGCUAUGCUCCUUGCAUGCACUUAGAGUUUGCAGUAUAUGUUACUCCUUGUAUUUCCCUAGUACUUUCAUUGUAUAUCCUAUUAUUGCUACUUUAUUAGGAUAUCCAUGUAGGUAGCGAUCGAAGGGAGUGAACCCAAAUAGCAACCCUUUUCUCGGUGGAAACAAGGUUUAUAGGUGGUGUAUAUAGAAUUAUCCAAAAUAUAUGUGUGUGUAUUUGUUUGGCAUCUUGUUAAAACUAUUGCCAAGGAAAUAUUUCAUCAACACAGGUAGAGAGAGGCUUAAAUCUAGACAUUUUCAGCAUGCAACAAAUUCCUCUGCAUGUAAUCUUGUUUUGCUCACCAAUAGACCUCAAUUCUGAAUUAAAGGAAUGGAAACGUGUGUUAUGUCUAUAUACUGUGCAUUACUGGAACACAUACAGUAUGACUGGAAUAAAGCAUGGUUUUCUUUAUUGCGAUUUGGUCAAGGACAGGGUAAUGUUUCAGUCUGAACACUUGCUUAAAAAAAAAUAAAUAAAAAAAAGAAUAAACUGGUGUGGAAAGAGUUGGUUCCGUGAGGCUUUUCAAUGUUGUACAUUAUUCUUUAGCUCCGGCCUUGAUGGGUAGGUUUGAAAAGGUGUUGCAGUUUUGAUCUUACGGCCUUUUAAAUCUUCUGUUUCUGCCAUUUUCUUUUAUUUCUUUGCAGUUCUAAACUCUAGCUUCGCAAUUGUGAUCGUCCAUAUCGUUUUUGUGCGUUUUAUUAACUGGUUUACACUGAUAUAUGUUGCUGUAAAUGUGAAUUUGGAAAUAAAGUCUGUAUUAAAUGGC